CAGAUCCGCCCUACAAAAUUCUUUUAUUCAAAAAUCUGGAUCAAUAGGAUCAGAUCCGGACAUCUACUCCUGUGAUCUACUCUAACUACGAUACUACAUUCUAUACCAGAGUUCCCUACAUUCACCAUUGACUAUGGAGCCAUUGACUAGUGAUUGACUAUAGUAAAUUUUUAUAAACUAACCUCAGUUUUUUUGUUUGCAUCUUUGCAAAUUUUUUUAAACUUUUAUCAGAGAUUUUAUGUUCACUUUAUAUUUUAUUGCUGUUCUAUGAAAAAAGUUUUACCUUGAUAGUUUUUCUCUCAAAGUAGGAAUUAACUUAGAUUUUAUAUACUUAAUACACUUUCUAUAACAUGGUAUUGUUACAUUUUAUAAACAUUUUUAUUUUGUUAGCUAUUUGUAGCUGUGUAUUAUCGGUAACUGAAGAAGAUGAAGGUGUUAAAUAUGCUAACAGAUGUGAAGUUUGUAAAAUUUUGGCUAUCGAAUUACAAAAUCGAUUAGAAGAGACAGGGAAAUCUCAUGACGUGAUAGAAACAGGAUACUCAGUAGAUGAUGUCAAACCAAAGAAGAAAAAGGAAUAUAAGAAAUCAGAACUUCGCUUAAUAGAAUCGCUUGAUGGAGUGUGUGAUAAAAUAUUAGAAUAUAACAUUCAUAAAGAACGGCAAGAUAGUACCAGAUUUGCCAAGGGGAUGAGUCAAACAUUUCAAACCCUACAUGGUUUAGUUGAUAAAGGAGUCAAAGUUGAACUUGGAAUUCCCUAUGAACUCUGGGAUAAGCCAAGUGUUGAAAUAACUAAUAUGAAAAGUCAGUGUGAAACAUUAUUAGAAGAAAAUGAGGGUAACAUUGAAGAGUGGUAUUUUAAUUAUCAGGGUGGUGAACCUCUUAAAACAUUUCUAUGUCAAAAAAUUGUUUUGAAGGGUCAUGACAUACAAUGUUUAACUGAACAUUCAAAAGGUGAAACAGAAGUGAGAACUAACCAGUCAAAUAAACCUAAAGUAAAGGACAGGAAACAAAAUGUAAAAAAGGAAGAGCUAUAAUUAAGAACUAUAAUAUGUGAAGUGUCCAAGUGAUAUAAUUUUAAUUUUACCAAAAAACUCCUCUAAAAAGCAUUUUGUAAUUUCUUAUUUUAUAUUUAUAAAUAAACCAUAAAUAACUCA